AAUUCGUUGUAUUAAUAUUUUAUGUGAUCAUUGUACCCGUGAAAAGGAUAAUUGCAUUACCCUGUUACAUUAAUAAUUUAACGUUGUUUUAACGAAAGUGAUUGUAUUAAAACUGCAAGUUGACCUUCUAAAAAGUAGAGUGCAAUAGUUUAUACCGUGCAUUGUUUUUUUUAAGACGGUAGUGUUAUACUAUUUAAUCAUCAUCAAGUUUAAGUCCAUGCAAGAGUUAUAAAAGUGUUCUGUGUUUGAAGUGGGAAACUGACCGGAGUUAGAGAUGCAAGGGUUGGUGAUUUAACUUCCAGCUGCCCAGUGUCCGUCUUUCAACUGCUCAACUGUCCGGUGUGUGUGUGUGUGUGUGUGUGUGUGUGUGUGUGCGGCAAGUAUUCUGCUGUCCAGCAAUGCCGCGAGGAACGAAAGAGACUGGGAACGAAUCCCGGCCGCACUGGGUGCAAAAGGUGGAGGAGGUGUUCACACACCGUUCCAACAUGGACGACUGGAAUAAGGGACUGGUCGGUGAGAUGGAGCAAGCCGGACACACGUCAGCCAAGAAGAGAAAGAAGGAUGAGAAGGCAGAGAAGAAAGAAGAGGGAAGCAACUCCACCGGCAAGAAAUCCACCGUCUGGAGCCCAAUGACAGGAAGUAGCUACAACGCCAUGUUGUACAGGGGAAACCACUCAGACACGGCUAGCCUGACAAGCAGAGUGACCUCCUCCUCGGAGAGGAAGAAAAAACGGCGCUGUCGAAAGUGUGUGAUUUUUUUUCUCGUCCUCAUCCUCGCCUUUAUCAUCGCUGUCCUGCUGGGCUGGUUGGUCUACUACCUGCUCAUGAAAGAUCAACCAGAGGUAGAGUCUGCGGCCAGACGUAGCAAGGUGACAGAAGCAGACGCCGCACUGAGGAUACUGAACCACACAUACAACGCUAACAUGGCCAAUAGAAGCUCGCCAGAUUUUCUCAGGAUUGCGACACCUCUGUGUCAGGAGAUGUCAUCUUUCAUGAUGUCAAGCAACUACUCCCAGACGUUCACCGGUUGUGAGGUCACGGAAAUACUCAAUGUAGCAGACGUACCAGGCUGUAGCUGCCCAUGGACGAGGGAUGGGAGUCUGCUGGUCAAUUUAAAGCUGAGAUUCAACGGCACACAUGACCGUGACCUUAUGACUGCGACCUUGAACUACAUCGUGGAGAGAGGAGCCACCAAGCAUUACAUCGGUUCCAUGAAGUAUCUGGUCAUUAAGGACUUUUUGGUGGACAUCAGGGCCAACUGGGGUCAGAAUUUUGAUGGAGUGGGCGUGUCUCUACAGUUUCCUGUGUUUAACCUCAACUACACCUACAGCUUGGCCGACAAGUUUUCUCACUACUUCCGGAAUCUGGCACUGCCCUUUUGUUCUGACAUCGGAUCUAUCCUAACCAACAGGAGCAUUAGCGUGUUCGCUGACCGGUUCUACAGCUGUCAGGUCAGAGAGUUUAGACCAAAGCCAGACACCGUCUCAUUUUACGUGCUGCUGGUGGGGACGGAGUGGAGAGACGUCCAGCAAUCGAUGCUCUACCUGCUACUGCUCGGUGCCAGAAAUGCCACGUUUAAUUUUCAGUCGGUCAAGAUGAUCGGACCACUAGUCAUCACCCCCUACAAUGUCAAGUUGACCAUCGAGCCAGUCAACAUCACCAGGACCACAUCAUCAACAACAGCACGGACCACCAGCAUCAGGCCGACUACUGUACCACCUGACCUGACCUACAUCUACGCCAUCUUGCCAACCUACAACCUGACCUUCACCCCUGACCUCCAGGACCACACCUCGCCCCAGUUCCAGCAACUCUCGGCCAAGUUCUGCAAGGAUCUUGAGAGAUUAUACCACAGAAGUCCCUACAUCAAAUAUUUCUACAACUGUAAGGUCCAUUUAUUCAGGCCCUACCCCCCUGCCGUUGUGGUCAGUGUCGGCUAUCAGGGUGGGGAGUGGCCAGGCAUGGUGGGCAGUAUCGAGUGGGUCAUCAGGAAACACGCCCCUCGCUUCUACAUCGGUCUGCAUGAAAUCUUCUUGGUGGGCUCCAUCUACCUCAAGCUUGGGGAAGUGCAAGCUAAUGGCCUUGAGUUCAGGACGAAUGUCCGUGUGUUGAAUCUGACCUACACACCAGAGCUGGCUGACCAGAGGACACCUGUGUUCCAGUACCACUCCAUUCUGUUUUGUCAUGAUAUGCAGAAGUUCUACAUGAAGAGUAUCUACCGUGAUCGAUUCUUCAAAUGUGGCGUUGAUCAGUUCACCGCUGAUCCAGUGCGCGUCCACUUCUACAUUGUGUUCUACGACACCGCGCUGGACGGGUUGGCAGACUCUAUGACUCAGGUCAUCCGGACCCAAGCCCCGCCCAUCUACCACCUGGACCACCUGAGUUACCUGGUGGGCGACCUCCUGGUGCUGCCGGAGCAGGUGCCGGAAGUCUACCCCACCAACAUCAGCGUGGUACCCACCAGCACUCUCCACACCUCCACAUCCUCUGUGGACGUCCCACACACAACAUCAGCUGUUGUAACAGACUAUGGCGUCAUGCUGAUCCUCUACUAUGAAGUCUAUAACCUGACAUUCACAGAGAAGUUAUUGGACCCCAACUCGAAAGAUUUCAAAACACACAAAGUGGCAGUCUGUGAUGAUUUAUGGCGGUGGUAUAUGAGUCUAGACAGCCCCUUCCACGUCAUUUACAGAGGAUGUGACGUCACGUCAUUUAACCCCACACCCACGGGCGUGACCUUUAACCUCCUGUUUGAGACCAGACUACACGACGACUUCUCCAGACAGGUGAGAACCUACCUGGAGUACAAGGCACCGAAAUCUCUGGCACCAGGCCUCAAUCUCAUGGACGUUGGUCAUCUCUUUCUCAUUAUGGACAGGUAUCGCAUUGAAGUGACAACGACCAUCCUACCUUCCAAGACCUUGGCCACGCCCACAAUGACAUCUGACAUAUUAACGACGUCAUUUUCCAUGGAGGCGACCAGUACAGUUCCAACAUCUACGUCAACGCCGACGUCAUCAAGCACCGUCCCGUCGUACGUCACAGUUUUGUCUUAUGAAUUCGGAUUGGCUGAUUUCUUCUACACCCCAGAAUUGGCCAAUAAAAAUUCAGCUCGCUUUAAGUUUCUCGAAGAUCGUUUCUGUAAAGUUAUGGACAGAUACUAUUCUACUAGUCUGCUGAAGCAUGUGUAUCAAUCCUGUGCAAUCGACAGUUUCACGCAGAGAGCUAACGACGACUACCCUGAAAAAGUUGCCUUCAAAUUUACCUUCAACACUCCCAUGUUCCCGGAGAUACAUGAUGAGGCUGUCUACAUUCUCUUCCAGAAACCUGAACGUGUGGUCAAGUCUGGUUACCUCACUCUGAGUGUUGGGGACCUUUACCUCAUCAUUGAUGACUCACAGACAGGAUCCACGGUCACAAUAAUACCAACACCAACAACAGUAGAAAUCUCGUCAACGCCAGCCCCUACUACACCAGUAACGCCGACAGCAACAACCACCAGCAGACCAACCACCACCAGUCGGACAACAACAAGUACAACUCGCAGACCUUCUACAACCACCAGCACCACCAGAAGAACUACCACAACAAAGACAACGACUAGGAAAACAACUACCACCACGAAGCCUACCACCACCACAAAACCAACUACCACCACAACAACUACAACACCUACUACAACCACCACAACACCAUCUACAACCCCUACUACCACCACUACCACUACAACACCAACUACCACCACUACUACCACCACUACCACACCAACUACCACCACAACAUCAACUACCACAACUACCACACCAACUACCACUACAACACCAACUACAACCACUGCAACACCAACUACCACCACAACCACAACAACACCUUCUACCACAACCACAAAAUCUACUACAACCACCACAACACCAACUACCACCACUACAACACCUACUACUACAACCACAACACCAACUACUACCACAACAACACCUACUACAACCACCACAACACCUACCACAACAACACCUUCUACUACUACAUCAACAACUACAUCCACAACAACAACGACACCUACAACUACAACUACUACUACACCAAAGACGACUACAACGUCAACUACAACAACUAGCACAACAACAAAACCAACGACAACUGAACCCAACUUUUUAAUCCGGCUCUCGUUUGAGACGUUAAACCUGACCUUCACCGAGGAUCUGAACAACAAAUCGUCUGCCAAAUUCAAGAACAUCCAGGAAAAGUUUUGUACAGACAUCGAUAUGAUACUGACAGAUCAUCGUCAAUAUUUCCCAACAUAUCAAACGUGUCAAAUCGAACUAUUCGGCGGUGACCCCAACAGGGUCAACUUCAGCCUGCAGUUCCAGGACGACGGGCAGGUGGACAGGGAGCAGGUCAAAGACCUGGUGGUCAGCAUGAUCAUCGAGAACGCCAUCAGGAAACAGCACAACGGCGUCUUCGCCCUGCUGGUGGGAAACCUGCUCAUCGAGAUGGACAGCAUCAGUGUGGAGUUUUCUACCGUCCGUACCACACCCAGCAUCUACGACGCUGUCAGCUACAACUACACCUUCUACCUGUACCCCGGCAACUUUAGUGACGACUUGUUGAACAAAGACUCCAGUGCUUUCAGAGAGACGGCUUACAGGUUCUGUAAGGAUGUGGAUAAAACAUUUGAGAGCAUUGGUUUACGGGCGGUGAGGAAACGCUAUUAUGGCUGUGUUGUGGACGAAUUUGGCCCAAACCGCGAGGUCAAGUUCCGCGUGGCCCUCAGAGACACAGAGAUCGUCCGGCCCUCCAGCAUGUUGAACAUCUUCCGUUACCAUGGUGACCAGGUCAACCUGAACGGCGUCUACCACCUGCCCAUGGGGGGCGUCAAUGUGGCGGUGGACACGGAGCCCACCCACCAACUCUUUAAGCUCGAGAGCUUCACCACACACCCGUACCCCUUCGUCACAACCACCCCCACAGUCCUCUACACCGUGAUGACAGUAUCCCUGCAAAUCUUGGAACCAGACUGGAGCGCAGACCUGGACAACCAAAGCAGUGCUCGGUACCGCCUUUUGGCUGAGCCCUUCUGUCAGGAUGUAACGAGGUGGGUCGUAGAGUGGAAGAAAGAUUUUAUCCAAUGUGAAAAUGUCAAAUUCGGACAAAACCCUUUUAAUAUCACCGCUGAGCUGACUUUCAGAGGCGUACAGUCCCCCAGUCUAGAGGAGGAGAUUAACAUUAUUCUCAUGGAGCGGGCCAACAGGGUGUUUGUUAACGACAAGUACGCCCUAGAGGUCGGCAAUAUGCUCAUCUACGACCAAUCGCUGGUGCUCUCCAAGAGGACCAUCAUAGACCAAGAGACUACCACAGCCGACACCACCACCACCACAUCCACAACCAUCCCCACAACCACCAAACCGCCCGACCCGUGCCUGCAUGCCGCCAACCUCGAGUACGUUCCCCACCCCAGCAAAUGUGACGUCUUCUACCAGUGCAUCAACGGCAUGGCCUACCCCAUCCCCUGCAGGCAGGGCACCAUCUUCCGGGGUGGCACCUGUGUUCCCACCCCGCCCGGCUUUGUCUGCAGGCGACCCUAGAGUUACCCACAGUUACCUACAGUUACCUACAGUUACUUACAGUUACCCACAGUUACCCACAGUUACCUAGAGUUACCCACAGUUACCCAGAGUUACCUAACACAAUGACGAUCGUCAGAACGCCGACUAGAUGAAAGGGCACACUGUCUCCGAAAAAACAAUUCUCUAAAAGAAUCGGAUUUAUUUUAUUGACUUGGUUUUGACAUAAAUAAGGAUAUAUGCAAGGUAACACUAGUGUAAUUUCAAAAUCAAUUUAUAG